CCAGCCGCCACGCACAGCACCCAUAGGACACGCGGCAGCAGGCGGAGGGGGUCCUGCGGAGCAGCGCUGGCCUUUGGGGACUUCAACUCCUGCCAGGUCUGAGGAGCCGUCCCGUGCCAGCACCGGAGCCGCAGGGACAGCCGCGACCCGGGGCAGGCUGCUGGCCCCGGCACAGCCAUGAGCCUGGAGCCCCACAAACCGGAGAUCAAGUCGGCCACCAGGGUGACCGGGGGACCCGCCACCCCCCGGAAAGGACCCCCCAAAUUCAAGCAGAGGCAGACGAGGCAGUUCAAGAGCAAGCCACCCAAGAAGGGGGUGCAGGGGUUCGGCGAUGACAUCCCGGGCAUGGAAGGGCUGGGAACAGAUAUCACCGUGAUCUGCCCUUGGGAAGCCUUCAGCCACCUGGAGCUGCACGAGCUGGCUCAGUACGGCAUCAUUUAGGCUGGCCACGGCCACCGCAGCCCAUUCACCCCAUAGCACUGCUUGUUUAGGAGCUGCCCC